AUGAGUUUUAUACGGAAAUGUUUACUAUGCAUCACGGAUUAUUGCUCGAAUUGUACAUUAGCUGGACUCAGAUACAUUGUAAAUCAUAAAUUACAUAUUACGGAACGUCUGUUUUGGUUUAUCUGUUUUGUGCUCUCAGUGUUUGGAUCCUAUUCCUUAAUUAGUGAGUACCAAAACAAUUUUGAAAGUAAAGCCGUAAGCAUUGUGUAUGAAAGUCUCUCACCUAAUAAUAAAAUAGAGUUUCCUACUAUAAGUGUUUGUGAUACUUACAGUGAUGAACAUGCAAGAAAAGAUAUUGAGGAAUAUGUACAAAAGCUAGGUACAGAUUUAAGUGGGGAAUAUAACUACGACAUCGAAAUGUUAGUUUCUUUAAUUAUUUAUCCAACGGAACAUCACGAGGGUCUAUUAAGAGCAAAAUGUACAAAAUAUUUAGAAUGUAGUGAAUGCGCACAAUGCCCAACGAAGGACUAUAGGAAACUUGCAAAAAGGUUUACAUUGAAAUGUUCUCAGCUAUUCAUAAACUGCUCUCUGUCAAAUAAACCAUUUGACUGCUGUCAAUAUUUUUUGCCUCUAAUCACACCAUUCGGGAAAUGUUUUUUAUUGAAUUCUGGUAGCGAAAGUUGGCUUGAUACUAAUAUGGAUCAGUCUAAUGACGAACCUUUAAUGGAAAUAAGCAUUAAAAGACCGAUAAAGGUUAGUAUUUUAAAUAAGGAGGAUUUACCAGUUAAAGGAAUACAGAAGUUAUCUUUUGUUGUUUUAAACACUGGAGAACAAAAAAUUAUUGAAAUUCGUAUUGAUAAUACAGUAAAUGAUGCCGAUGUUCGCACAAUAUCUCCUGAAUAUAGAAAAUGUCGAUUUACUGAUGAAGUUUUACCGAAUACAGAAUAUAAGGUAUAUAGCUUUAGUGCUUGCUUAGCCGAUUGUAUACGUAUACAUCAAUUACGAAUUUGCAAUUGCACUUUAUAUACAUUUCUACCACUUGAAAAAGAAUCAAUCCAAGAAUGCAAUUUUGAUGGUUACCUAUGUCUAGAAAAGAAUUCAAUGGUUAAUCCGGAACCAAAAUCUUUAAUGCCGUGGCCAAAUAACAAAUAUACUUGUGAUUGUUUGCCAUCAUGUACCGAAAGUGAUUUUAAUUUAAUUUACGAAUCCAGUUCAAGAACCAAUUAUCCCCGGAGCUUCACUAUUAAAAUUCCAAAAUUCCCAACGGAACAGUUCCGCAGGCAAGCACUACGUACGCAGCUCGAUGUCGUUGUUACAAUCGGAGGUAUAUUAGGAUUAUUCUUGGGCGCUAGCAUAUUAAGUGGUAUAGAAAUAAUUUACCACUUUCUUAUUCGAACUUUUAUUAGUUAUAUAUACACACGAACUGUAAGUGAAGAAAUAAGUGUUACCAUAAUAUGA